AUGUCCAUGACACAAGAGAACUGCGCCGUCGUCCGCGACGGCUUCCCGCGCCCAUUCCCCAACACGCCCUCCAAUGUCCUCGACCAGUUCAAGAUGGCCGGCAAGGUCGUGACCGUUACAGGAGCGGCUGAUGGGAUCGGGUAUGCAGUCGCCGAGGCCAUGGCGGAGGCUGGGGCGGCGGUUGCGCUGUGGUAUAAUUCAAACGACGCUGCUGUUGCAAAGGCAGAGGCGUUGGCGAAGGAGCAUGGUGUUAAGACUGUUGCGUAUAAAGUUGAUGUCUCCGACCCCGAGGCAGUGCAAAAGACCAUCGCCAGCGUGGUGAAGGACUUUGGACGCAUCGACGUAUUCAUUGCCAACGCCGGAAUGGCCAUCUCAAAACCAAUCCUCGAACAAACCCUCCCCGAAUACAAGAAACAGCUCUCCGUCAACGUCGACGGCAUCGUCCACUGCGCCAAAUACGCCGGCGAGGUCUUUGCGCGCCAGAACAGCGGAAACCUCAUCAUCACCUCUAGCAUGAGCGCCCACAUCGUCAACGUGCCCACCGACCAGCCCAUCUACAACGGGACCAAGGCCUUUGUGACGCACUUUGGCAAGUCGCUGGCGCGGGAAUGGCGCGAGUUUGCCCGCGUCAAUAUCGUGUCCCCCGGCUUCUUUGAUACCAAGAUGGGGGCGAGUCCGCUGGCGGUUAAUGAGGCUUACCGGAUGGCGGUCCUGGGGAGACAGGGCCAUACGAAGGAGAUUAAGGGCCUUUAUCUUUACCUGGCGAGUGAGGCGAGUAGUUAUAUGACUGGGAGUGAUGUGCUGAUUGAUGGGGGGUAUGUUCUUCCUUAA